UUCGGAGGGUCUGUGUCAGUGAAAAAAAAAAAACGGUGUUUAAUACACCGAUAAAAAUUAUUAUUUCCCGUGAGUGUAUUAAAUUUAUAAAAUGUAUUUAAACAUGAAUAAAUCGUGCGAAAUAGUUUUUGAUUAAACGGUUCGAUCUAUUAAUUAAAGUAAUGUAAAACUAUUCACGUUAAACCGCGUUUAACCCGAUAGGACGACAAAAUUCGUACUGUGCAACUUACACGUCAGUUACGAUGCCGAUUUAAUCGUAAAUUUUUCGCACACGAGUUAUUCCUGUGGUUUCUUGGUCACUGUAUACGUCUUUAGGUAAAGUUUCAGCAGCAUGUUGAUUAAAAAUCUUCAGCUGUUGGACUCGAGCGUAUAGUGUGGUGGUCACGUCAAUGACGGCAAUUCCUAUCACGAUGGCGAGGGCGGAAGGGGUAUACGAGUAUUAAUAAGAGAGAGAGAGAGAGAGAAAGAGCGAGCGAGAGAGUGAGUGUGAGAGAGUGGCAAAGAGAGAUAAAUUCCCAUGCUACUCAGGCGCCACACACGUUACUCAUUGCGGAUUCUGCACCAAUAUCGCGAUGCUAGUGCGGUUAUGGUUGGCGGUAUUAAUGGCCGAGUUGUUAACAGUGGUCGCCUUCAAACCGCUGGAGGCUAAUUUAACACGCGAUGGACCUAUAACGAAAUCAAUGCUUGUUAUACCUCAUGAUUUCGAUCAUGUUGUUCCAGUAACCAAAUUUCGAACAAAGUUUCACAUUUUGAUACCCCAAGACUCCGACCGAAAUCUGUCCGUGACCGUCACGCCGUCAUGCAACACCGUGCUCAACUGGGACUUGAAGUUUAUACCUUUAACAAGAUUUAACCAAACAGUUGUCAUAUUAUGGAACAAUAAUAAAUCGAGUGAUAUAGGAAGACUACUCAUAGAAUACACCGGUGUAUCCAUACCUGUCACAUAUGAUCAUGGCAGAGCAAAUAGAGGUCUUUACGUUAUAUCAGCCCAAACAGCAGCUGGCGACGAUUCAAAUGCUAUGUUUUACGUUGGUCUAAAACAAAAAUCACAAAAAAAGCAAUUCGGCUACCGUCCGAAUGGAAUAAGAAUCAAAAAAGGUGGUCAAAAAAUUUAUUUAAGAUGGAAUCUAAGUCACAUAGACCAUCAUUUAAUGAAGUACAGUCUUGUAGUCAGUACAUCAAAAAUAUAUACGACGAUCUGCGAAGCUGAACUUCGUUUGGAAGAAAAACAAAAUAUAAAUUUUACUUAUUCUGAUGACGAUUUACGACUUGACGAUAGAUUAGAGAUACAUCAUUUGGGAUUUAACACAAGUUAUACGUUGAAUGAUUUAAUUUAUGAUGAAACGUACUAUUUUACUGUGUUUGUGUUGCACGGACCUCAUAUAGCCACACACCAUGCCAACGCUACAUAUAAAUUUCAGAAGUCCAAACCCAUUGGACUAAAAGAUGCGAAACCCAAAAUGAUCAACCUGAGGGCUCAAAAUGGAAAAGCAUCCUUCAGGUACAAGGUGGGAAAUAAUAGGCAGUUGGCAAAAGAUGUUCCUCCUAAUACAUUAUAUUGGUACGUCAUGCCAUGUGAUGGAGUGGUAUACGUUGAAAUUCGUUGUCGUAAAACGUUAUUAAUAAAUAAAAGAGUUUUCGGUUACGAGAAAUUUAUCUUAAACAACACUAAGAGCGGAGAAAGAUACGUGUUAAAAGUGGAGUCCGUGUCUGUAGACGAGACUCAACGCAUCAGAUCAAUUGAGGUAAUGGCCACCGUACGACCAGAAAUGAUUCAAAUGCCAGACAUGCCGAGUGAUCUAAGUAUUCAACAAUAUGUCGAACCAGAUGAUUGUCAAUCUGUAAAGAUCGGUUGGUUAUCAGCGAACUCACUGACUGAUUUGAAAUAUUGCGUGUACGUACAAGAGAAUAGUAACAGCUUGGAAAGCGUAGACUUUUCAGUAAAGCCAGAUCAGUGCAAAGUUCGAUAUGGCAAAAGUAGAAGAAGUGAUUUUUCUAAUAAUUAUCGGACGAAAACUCGAUGCUAUAUUGGAGAAAAAGGAAUAGUUUUAGUAGAAAAGAUACUCAAGCUUAAGCCAUUAACAACCUAUACCAUUCAAGUUACAGUUACUAAACCAAGAGGAAGAACACUAUCGUACGAUUUACUAAAAUUGGACACAAACUCGUGUGGGCUAAACUAAAAGACUAUUUGUAUCACUUUUGCUGAAAAUCAACAAAAGCCAUUCAUCCAUCAUUAUUGACAAAAAUGUUGACGAUCGAUAUUCGUUUCGUUAUCUUCUUCAUCCUGUAAAUUGUAAUCCUUCAUAGUAUUAUUACGUUUAAAUACUUUAUAUCGUAACUAUUUUGUAGAUUUUAUUAUUGUUACUAUUAAUUUUUAUUAUCUAUAUUUAUUGAAAAUAAAAUUGACUUCCAAGGAUUUA